CUGACGAAAAAUCCAAGCCUUCGUUUCGCUGGCUUAUUCGCUGUUUGCCAACUCUGAUUUCUCUCUACCCACCGCCACUGUCUCUUCCCCUUUGCUUGCUGCUUUCGAUUUCUUCCUCGUCGUAUUCUUCCCUGCAGAUCUCAUAUUCAUAUUUUCCCCUCAGAUCUGUGUUGAAUUCACACCGGAGUGGCCUACGUUAGUAUUUUUUUUAAUCGGUGAUCGGAAGCCCCCGCGAAUUCUAGGGUUUUAUUUUAGGAGGAGGAGGAGCGGCGAGGCGGAAGAUGUCGGCGUCGAAGACGGCGAGGUCACGAGCCACUCCGACGAAGGAGAACGGCGUUAGGGUUGAGGAAGGUUUGAGUCUGUUCAAGUCCGAUAAGUUCGAUGCCGAUGCUUAUGUGCAAUCGAAAUGUUCACUCAACGAAAAGGAUAUAAAGCAGUUAUGCUCUUAUCUUCUGGAUUUGAAGAGAGCAUCUGCAGAAGAGAUGCGCCGAAGCGUUUAUGCUAAUUAUUCGGCUUUUAUACGCACAUCGAAAGAGAUAUCAGAUUUGGAGGGAGAGUUAUCAUCAAUCAGAAAUCUGCUAUCUACUCAGGCUACUCUAAUUCAUGGCUUAGCCGAUGGAGUUAACAUAGACUUUGAUAAAGUAUCUGAUGAAUCCGUUGGAAAUGGUGUGUUAAGUUUUGAAGACAAGGAGCUCUCAGAUUUGGAGAAAUGGGCUGCAGAAUUUCCCGACCACCUUGAUGUUUUGUUAGCUGAAAGGCGGGUAGAUGAAGCUCUGGCAGCUUUUGAUGAAGGAGAAAGUAUAAUUUCUCAACAAAAAGAAAAGGGCACCUUGAGCUCUUCUACUCUUUCAUCUUUUCACUUUGCUAUUGUGGAACGCAAGCAAAAGUUGGCCGACCAGCUUGCUGAAGCUGCUUGUCAACCUUCAACCCGAGGUGGUGAACUUCGGUCAGCUAUAUCAGCUCUCAAAAGGCUUGGAGAUGGCCCUCGAGCCCAUACUUUGCUUCUUAAUGCCCACUUCCAGAGAUACCAGUACAACUUGCAAAGUCUUCGUCCAUCCAGCACUUCAUAUGGGGGAGCAUAUACUGCUGCUCUCUCUCAGCUUGUGUUUUCAGCUAUUUCUCAAGCGUCCAGUGAUUCAUUAUUAAUAUUUGGGAAAGAGCCAGCUUAUACUUCUGAGCUUGUGACUUGGGCGACAAAACAAACAGAAGCUUUUGCCCUUCUUGUUAAAAGACAUGCAUUAGGUUCUUCUGCAGCAGCUGGAGGACUAAGAGCUGCUGCAGAGUGUGCACAGAUAGCUCUAGGGCAUUGUACUUUGUUAGAAGGUCGUGGCUUGUCUCUUUGUCCUGUGCUUUUAAAGCAUUUUAAGCCUAUUGUUGAACAGGCACUGGAAGCCAAUUUAAAACGAAUUGAAGAAAGCACUGCGGCUAUGGCUGCUGCAGACGAUUGGGUGCUGACAUAUCCUCCAGCUGGCAGUCGUCAUGCUAGUACAGCAUUUCAGAAUAAGCUUACACCAAGUGCUCACCGGUUUAAUCUGAUGGUUCAGGACUUCUUUGAGGACGUAGGACCUCUUCUAAGUAUGCAGCUUGGAAGUAAAGCCCUUGAAGGUCUAUUUCAAGUUUUCCACUCAUAUGUAAACGUGCUUAUAAGAGCAUUGCCCGGUUCAAUAGAAGAAGAAGAGGCAAACUUCGAAGCAUCAGGAAAUAAGAUUGUCCGAAUGGCUGAGACAGAAGCCCAGCAACUUGCAUUACUUGCAAAUGCAUCGUUGCUAGCGGAUGAACUUCUCCCACGUGCCGCCAUGAAGCUCUCUCCUCUCGAUCAGAGUAGUUAUAAAACAGAUGAGCGAAGGAGGCCUUCAGAUAGACAAAAUCGUAAUCCGGAACAACGGGAAUGGAAGAGACGCUUAUUGAGUACAGUCGACAAACUAAAAGAUGCUUUCUGUCGCCAGCACGCCUUAGACCUCAUUUUUUCCGAGGAAGGAGAAAGCCAUUUGUCUGCUGAGAUGUAUAUAAGUAUGGACGGAGAUACUGAUGAUAUUGAAUGGUUCCCGUCUCUGAUAUUCCAGGAGCUUUUUACGAAACUUCAAAGGAUGGCGAGUCUUGCUGCGGAUAUGUUUGUAGGAAGAGAAAGAUUCGCGACGUCGUUGUUGAUGAGACUGACAGAGACUGUGAUCCUAUGGCUUUCCGGAGACCAGAGUUUCUGGGAUGACAUCGAGGAUGGUCCUAGACCUUUGGGACCUCUUGGCCUACGACAGUUGUACUUGGACAUGAAGUUCGUCAUCUGCUUCGCAUCCCAAGGUCGCUACCUAUCGAGAAAUUUGCACCGUGGCACUAAUGAGAUAAUUUCUAAAGCCGUGGCCGCUUUAGCUGCAACAGGGAUGGACCCAUACAGCGAGCUCCCGGAAGAUGACUGGUUCAACGAGAUAUGUUUGGAUGCGAUGGAAAGGUUAAGCGGAAAGCCGAAAGCCAACAACGGAGAACUCAACAGCCCGACCGCCUCCCUCUCGGCCCAGUCUGUUUCAUCCGUCAGAUCUCACGGAAGCUAUUGAACCAACCAAUGCUUCCAUUUCCAUUGUACAUUAGAGGUCAGUGAUGAAUCUUUUUCUCGCUAGCUAUUUUGUUUUAUUAUGUCAAGUCAGAUACGACCUUUAUGCAUGCCGUGAUCGAAUUUCACAUUUGUUUGGUGAUCCUCUUCAGUUUCGUCUAUAUCUCGGGUGUUGGAAAGUGGUACAGAUUUGGUUUCUGUGAUUAAUCAACGAUUUUAUGUUCUGUAAAUGAUGUUUUGAGGU